GACACCCCUAGUGUAGAGUUUCAUCCGCACACCUCGUACGAGUGGCGUGUAAACGACUGCGUCCCAUUUUAGUUUGCGGAUGUGCCCUCUGCUCUAUCGCAUAUCAAAAUAAAGGCUAAAUUUCAUUAUGGCCAUUGGUCAUAAAAGGAUCUAAAGCAUGUGUUUCCUUGGAGUCGGAUGGGUUUGAAAGCUCCUGCAGUCGCCAUGGCUAAUGAAAGUUGUUGGUUGUCAAAAAGGGAGACUGAACGCUUCACAUAAGAGAUUGAAAAAACGAACAUUAGCUGCUGAACCGUGAGACCCUUGCAUUCUGUUGCUAGACGCGCUGCGCUUUGCUGUUAUCAAAAGUGUUUGUCGGGGCGCGAUGCUGGUAGAGGGUGCAGUAUUUGCUGUUGGCCUGACGCUUUUGAUCGCUGUUGUCAUGCGCAAAAAACAGGAUGCAAAUCUCCCCCCAGGCCCUCCUCCCUUACCGUUGCUUGGCAACAUGCUUGAUAUCUGGGGCUCAAUGCCAAACAUCCACCUGGGCUUUAGCAAGCUCGCAAAGCACUAUGGGGAUAUUUACACGCUAUAUCUGCAAGGCAACCGCGUGGUGGUAGUCGGUUCCGCGGCCAUCGCGCGCGAGGCUCUCGUUCUACGCAAGGAUGACUUCUCAGGUAGACCUUACAGCUUCAUUGGUGAUUUCUUUACACGGGGAUGCAAGGAUUUGGCCAUGGCAGAUUUAAGUCCUACGCUUAAAUGGCAGCGCAAGCUAGUUCACACAGCUCUGCGACUCUACAGUCCACGUCUUGAGGGACAAGUUUGCGAGGAAGUCGAUGGGCUGAUCAAGAGAUUGAAGGCCGCAAAUGGAAACCCUAUUGAUCCAAAACACGAUUUGUUCCUCACCAUCCUCAACGUCAUCUGUAACAUGGUGUUUGGCAGCUGCUACUCAAUGAAUGACCCGGAAUUCCUGCAAGUUGUACACUAUAACCAGUUGGGAUUCCGUCUCCUCAGCCCAGUAUCGCUCGUUAACAUAUUUCCCUGGCUCCUCAAACUACCCACGCAACAGGCUAGAGAUUUCUAUUACGUUCGCGACGUCCAGGGCAAAAUUCUGGACCAAAAAUUCAGCCAACAUAAAGCGACAUUCAACAGUAGUAACAUCCGCGACUUCACUGAUGCGUUGUUGAAAGCGAGACUUGAAGCAGUGCAGGAAAACGAGGCUGUGCAUCACAUGAUCACUGAAGAUCACCUGAUCAUGACCAUCGCUGACGUCUUCUCUGCGGGCGCCGAAACUAUGACAACCACACUACGUUGGUUUAUCGCCUGCCUGGUGAACUUCCCAGAUGUUCAAAAGAAAAUCCAAAAUGAGCUCGACUGUGUCGUUGGCCGGCACAGGCUACCCACCCUUGAAGACCGUGAAAGGCUGGACUACCUCGAGGCCGUGAUCACCGAGGUCCACCGCUACUGCACCGUCACGCAUCUGAGCCUGCCGCAUAAAGCCACGUGCGACUCCCAUCUCCAUGGCUACAGCAUCCCCAAGGACACGGUCAUAAUGUUCAACGUUUGGCAGAUGCACCACGACGAGAGAUACUGGGACCAGCCCUACCGGUUCGACCCAACGCGAUUCCUGGACGCAAAAGGCAAACUGGUGGACGUGGCGGGAAUCAAGAGUUUCCUUCCGUUCAGCGCCGGGAGAAGAGUGUGCAGCGGAGAGUCUUUAGCGAAGAAGGAACUGUUCCUCGUCACUUCAAGACUUCUGCACCAAUUGACAUUCACCAGCCCUCCCGGGUACCCUGUGCCUGACCUAGAGGGGGAGGUGGGCAUGAAUCACUUCCCAAGACCCUUUGAGGUCUGUGUAAACGAACGGUACUAACAACAAAUGGGUGUAAGCAAUAAGGAAGUCUUAUUUUACAGACGUUUCGAGGCUACAGUCUGAUCGUCAGCAAUCGUGAUUGACCUCUGGCAACAACUUGCUCCGUUCAGCAAAGAUUGGUUACGAUUAGAAAAGAUUAGUUACGACUGUUUUAUACUCAUUAGAAAAGUUUUAGCGACGACGUCAAAAAUGAGUACAACGACAAGAGAUAAAAAUGAAAGUGUAUGGAGAUUUUAAAGAAAGCAUUUGAUUCGAGUAUAUUUUAGCCGUUUCACUGUCUGUCGAAGUUGCCCACGCACUCACUUUAUACCCCGAAGAGGCUGAAGAGGUACUAUAGUUAUUUGAUAUUUGAUGGUAUUAAGUCCGACAGGUUCAUUCUAAUAGGGCUGAAUUAGAAAGGAGCACAGGUGAACAGUUAUUUCGGAACAAUUUCCCGGGGAGGCACAAACAAAUCCACCAGGUUAAAAUCCCUACCUGUUCGGGUUUUCACCAGGUCAGUGAUAGGAGGUGUAAUAAACCUUGAUUAUUAUAGCUACAGUAUCUGCAUAUAGGGUUAUUUUAUGAAGAAUUGUUUUUCUUUCUUACACUUGUUGAAAUGUUGCUUGACAAGCUUUGUCACAUUUUAAAGAUUUUUAGUAUAAAGCAUGCAAGUAGUUUUGGUCUUGUCCUCCUACGCCCUUGCGCCCUCUGCUGUUUAGAUUCCUUACAAUAAAACUUGAUGAGUUAGUAACUUAAGAAUAAUUGUUUGAAUAUAUAUAUAUGCAUGACUGUGUAAAGGGUGUAUUGUCUUGGAUAUUACACGGAAAUAUAAACUGAAGUUGAGAGCCCUAGGGCGCAACAAUAUAUGAUGUACAGUCUAAUAAAAAAACUUUAAGUAUUA